UAAAAAAGGAAAGUUGUCAAAAAUUUCACCUUCUCGUCAGUUUGUCGUCCGCUCGUUCGUUGUGUUGUUCCGUUGAUUUUCGACAAGGCUGGGUUAAAUUCAACUGUGGCGACCGAGAACUACUUCUAACACGCAUCCUGAACAUAUCACGCCGUGUGUACCGUAACGCCAAGAAAAUGUAAUCGUACGGGAACAAGACUUCCGCCAGUGUGCAUUUCAAGUCGCGUAAUUUUAUCGUACAGGUGCUGCGUUGCGCGACAGCAACCACUACGUUUUCGCCAAUUUUCUUGCAUUUUUGACAUUUCCUUUGCACGCAACUGUUCUAUAACUGGAGCCGUGUUAUCAUCCGGGAACGGAGUUUUCAUGAAUUUUUCGGGGCCAUUUCGAGUGAAUAAUAAAAAAUCGUCAGAGGAAAAGAUGAGAAUCAGCUAAUUGUACAGAUUUAAAGAAGAAAUGAUGGGCUCAAAACGGUAGACCAGUCUACCUUUCAUCUAACCUCCCAUUGUCACAUUCAUAAUCAGGUCAUUAUGGAUGAAGACGCACUUGUGACACGUGCCAACGAAGAACGAGAGCGUCUCUUCCUGCGCUAUGAACGUGGCCGAGAAGCAGGAGCCGAAAUAGAUCCAUGGGAAGAUCCUGGUUUCGAAGUCUACCACCAAACGGAUCGUUAUGGAUUCAUACACGAUAAACGUCUUCCACAAAAAAUCGACCCAAAUGAGGCUAAAUUAAGAGCAGUGGAAAUGGAGCGGGUGAAAAAGUGGUUAAAGAUGUUAGGUCGGUGGAAUAGCAAAGAAACUCAAGAAAAACUGCACAAAAGAAUUUACAAAGGAAUACCAGAUAAACUCAGAUCACAAGUAUGGAUGAAACUUUUGAAUGUGGAGAAAACGAUGGCAGAAAAGAAGGAUGUUUAUCAGAAUAUGUUGCGGUUAGCUCGACAAUGGAGUACUGAGGCAAGACAAAUCGACUCGGAUGUCAAUCGACAAUUUCGUGAGCAUUUGUUCUAUCGAGAAAGGUACAGCAUCAAGCAACGAAGUCUGUUCAAUGUUCUAACAGCGUAUAGCAUGUAUAACAUGGAGGUUGGCUACUGUCAAGGAAUGUCCGGUGUUGCAGGGGUUCUUCUCAUGUACAUGGACGAGGAAGAAGCAUUUUGGGCAUUAAGUACUCUUUUAGCUGAUAAGAAAUAUGCAAUGCACGGCCUAUAUAUUGAAGGAUUUCCGAAAUUGACUCGAUUAGUUCAUCAUCACGAUCGAAUCAUCGAGAAAUUUGUACCGAAAUUGAAGAAACAUUUUGACUGCUAUAAUUUAGACUCAAUGAUAUACUCGCUCAAGUGGUUUUUUGUUAUCUUCAUCGAAAGGAUACCAUUUAGUUUGUGUUUACGGGUUUGGGAUAUUUAUCUUCUCGAUGGGGAAAGAGUAGUUACCGCAAUGGCAUACACUAUUCUUCGAUUGCACCAGAAAAAAUUAUUAAAACUUAAAGAUAUGGAUCUGCUUAUACAGUAUUUGCAGACAAAACUCUACAAAGAUUUUGGUUAUGAUGACGAUUAUGUAAUUAAAACUCUUGAGCAAUCAAUGGAGGAAUUGAAAAAAGUGAAGAUGGAUUUAGCUCCUUCACCAUUAGAAAUUGAAUUUCCUAAGCGGCCAUUUGGUGUAUUUGUUGAGCCAACUUUUGAAAAGAAAAUCGGUCGACGAAAGAAUAGCUUUACAGAAAGAGAAAAGGAUGUUACCGAAAAAGUAAUAUUAAGGAGCGAGAAAACUCAACAGGAGUUAGCAGAGUCAACGAUAUCUGAUGGCGGAUUGGGGGGUUCUAACAGCCAAAUAAAUACAGCUUCAGUAAAUGCGGAGAAUUGGGAAUUCAUGCGCAUCUACAAAGCACUGCCAUCCCGUUUGCAUGCACGGGAUAAACGAGUUAUGAGCGUAUUGGAUACAUCCGAUCAAUAUUCCUCACUUCCGACACGUUUUUUGCAUGGCAACAUACCCGAAUCCGAGGAUGGCUGUUCGUUGUUGGGUAGCUCGAGGAAGUCAUUAGCAGAUACAUCAGUCACGUCCACUGCAGAUUUAAGUGUAUUUUCAAUUGGUCAACGAUCACAACAAUAUGAUAUAUGUGCUGAUGAUAUGCAAAGUGUUCAUAGUGAUGGCGAGGGCGGAGGUGAAAGUAGCCCCGGAUCUGCCUUCGGUUCGUUAAGUAUUGUGGGUCGGACACCGUCCGCUAUGAUGAUUACUCCAACGCCUCGAGCAAUAUCACCACAGGAUAUUGUUCGUAUAUAUGUACCUCCACCGCCGCCCGAAGAACUAGAUUCGAGGUCAAAAAAUAGCUCAUCGCAAAACAUUACAUCGCGAACGCAGUCACCAACAACAAGUACCUUGAAUAAAUCACCAGCGAUCAAAUCUAGUGGGAUUUCAACAAGUAAUGUUGAUGAUUCAAUCAACACAAUUAGUACGGCCAGUGUAGCUAGUAUUGGUAAUGAAAGUGGUGGAGAAAGUAGCUGCGAUCGUGGUGGAGACGGUGUUGGUAGCGGUAGCGGCGGCACCGGCAUCAGUUCGGGUGGAAGCAAAAGGAAUUCCAUCGCAUCGGGCGAUUUAACGCCUGUACGGCGAUCAUAUAUUUAUCGGUCAGAAGAGGAGCUUACGUAUAAUGGUCAGAAAUCCUCAUCCUCUUCGCGAAGGGGAAGUUUAUCUAGAAAGAGUCCAUCCUUAUUUACCAAUCCUCAUGUUGUUAUGGAUUGUGAACAUUUGAAAAGUAAGCAACGCUCCAUAAACGGCUCUGAUGAUCAAAUACACCGGAAUAGCACCGCUCAAAUCGAGCACAGCUUCGAAAGCUUAAGACGAGCAAAAGUCAUGACUUCAUUUGAAGAAUUAGCUCGAUUACAGAAAGAAAAAAAUCAAAAGUACGGUUAUAACAUUGAUAAUCGAAUGACACGUAGUGCUUACUGUGGCGACACAACCACCACAACUUCAGAAGACGAAGAUUUCUCGCCAAGAAGUAAGUAUCGAUACGACUCGGAUAUUCAGUACAGGAAGCUAGCAACAUCCCCGAGUGCAGUUGAUAUAGAUUUCAUUCAAUCGUCACCAGACCUACAUUAUAGUAGAAAUGUAAAUGUGAAUGCCUUACAAAAGAAGUCUGAUAAUUCCGAUGAAUAUUCAUCCUCUAGUCCGAACGUGAAGUCUGUGCUGACGACUCCAGUUAAUGAACAGAUUCCGUCAAUGACAAUGGCAAUGACUAUGGUUUCAUCACAGUCCAACCAGAAAUUGUUAACAUCAGGCGAAACAACACCAACUAUUCUUCAUAACACAUCGACAAAGCUUAUGCAAUUGACAUCCACGAAAGUAGAAACCAUGACAAUAACCGAGAAUAGGCAACGGCUCGAAGAGUCGCAUCCCAAAAGCAGUACAAAUCGUUAUAGUGCUCCGACACCAAUCGAAACCAUUGAAUAUGAAAGUAUUUUCAAUAACACACCUCAUAAUCCAGUGAAUGCCUCGAAAAUGAAAAAGAAUUCCAGUGACUUAACAAAUGCUAGUUCCAUACAAGUUGUCUCCCAUAACAAAUCUGAAAAUCGUUUUCGUCCACGUGUUCAUAGCAGUUCAGAUCGUGAUAGCCAGCAGCAAUAUGUACAAUUUAAAACCAAUUACUCGGCAACAACAUCAUCAGUAACUGCAACAGCUUUAAUAUCGCCAAAUGCAAGUAACAGGCAUGAAAAUUUUUCAAACAAUGUUAACAAUAUUAGCCGUAGUAGCGCCAAUGGCGACAGCAAUACUAGUGUUAAUCAAGGAUUAGGUGAAACUAGUGAAAUUAGCAACAUACAUGUCAACAAUGAUUUCGAUAGGAAAAUAGCUGCAUCAAUUGGUGGUCCAUACGAUUAUAAGAGUCACAGCAAUAAUAGCAGUCACAGUAGUCACAAUAAUUCUAAUCGUGAAAUGAAUAAAAUUCGUAUUAAAGUUCAUCAGAAUCAGGUGGAUUGAAUA